CAUUUAUUAUACACGGAAUUAAAGGUGCGUAUGAUGUUUUUAUGAGAUGAAUUAAAGAAAGUUGAAGUCGUUAUCAGUUCAAGCGGUGGAAAUGUCAGAAAGAUAAUGAAUUUCAUAUUCAAUUAUUUUAAAUUCAAAAAAGAAUCACAACAGCAAAAUGGUGCUAAGAUAUCAAACAAACAUGGCAUGGAGUAUUACAAAAUCGGAAAAUACGAAAAAGCUAAGAAAUGUUUUAAGAAAUGUCUCGAAAUUCAAAAAACUUUACUAGGUCCUGAGCAUGUUGAUGUAGCUACAACGUUUGACAAUCUUGGUAAUGUGUAUUUUGAGAGCAACAAUUUUAACAAAGCCAAAGAGUGUUAUGAAAAAGCGUUGGAAAUUCGAAAUAAAUCUUUAGGUCCUGAUCAUGUUGAUGUAGCUACGACUUUAAACAAUCUUGGUAAUGUGUAUUAUGUGAUCAACAAAUAUGCUAAAGCCAAUGAAUGUUAUGAAAAAGCGCUGGAAAUUCGACAAAAAUCACUAGGUCCUGAACAUGUUGACGUGGCUACGACUUUAAACAUUCUUGGUAAUGUUUAUUAUGAUACCAACAAAUAUGCCAAAGCCAAAGAAUGUUAUGAAAAAGCGUUGGAAAUUAAAAAAAAAUCACUAGGUCCUCAACAUGUUGAUGUAGCUACGACUUUAAACAACCUUGGUAAUAUGUAUUGUUGUACUACAUAUUAUGACAAAGCAAGAGAAUUUCAUGAAAAAGCGUUGGAAAUUCGACAAAAAUCUUUUGGUCCUGAACAUUUUUAUGUAGCUUGGACUUUAAACGAUCUUGGUAAUGUGUAUUAUGAGACCAACAAUUAUGCCAAAGCCAAAGAUUGUUAUGAAAAAGCGUGGGAAAUUUGUCAAAAAUCACCUGGUUCUAAACAUGUCGAUGUAGCUAUGACUUUAAACGAUCUUGGCAAUGUGUAUCGUCGUACUAAAGAAUAUGACAAGUCCAAAGAGUGUUAUGAAAAAGCGUUAGAAAUUGAACAAAAAUCACUUGGUCCUAAACAUGUUGACGUAGCUUCGACUUUACACGAUCUUGGUAAUGUGUAUUAUAAGACCAAACAUGUUGCCAAAGCCAAAGAGUGUUAUAAAAAAGCGAUUGAAAUUGGACAAAAAUCACUGGGUCCUGAACAAUUUGAUGGAGCUAUGACUUUAGAAAAUCUUGGUGAAGUGUACUAUGAGACCAAAAAAUAUGCUAAAGCCAAAGUGUGUUAUGAAAAAGCGUUAGAAAUUCGAAAAAAAUCACUUGGUACUGAACAUGUUGAUGUAGCUACGACUUUAAACGACCUUGGCAAUGUGUAUCGUCGUACUAAAGAAUAUGACAAAGCCAAAGAAUGUUAUGAAAAAGCGCUUGAAAUUCGACAAAAAUCACUUGGUCCAGAACAUGUUGAUGUAGCUACGACUUUAAACGAUCUUAGCAAUGUGUACCAUUUUAUUAAAGAAUAUGACAAAGCAGAAGAAUUUUAUGAAAAAGCGCAGGCAAUUAAAAAAAAAUCCGUUGCUUCGGAUCAUGUUGUUGCUGCUGAAUCUUUGAGCAGUUUUGAAAUAAAGUCUGAUGAUGCUGCUGAUGGUAAAGACCCUUCAAAUUUACACGUUCAUACGGAGAAAAAAGAAGAAAUAAACAAAAUUCUGCUAAAGUUUGCCGAAGAAAUUCCUGAUAAAUGGAAGAAUUUGGCAAUAUUUCUGAAUGUCAAAGAUGCGAAAAUGAAAAAAAUUGAAUUAAAUCAUCGUAACGUGAUCUGGCAAGGGUUUGAAAUGCUAAAGUUUUGGUUUGAAUCACGAAAAAAUAAGCAGUUGUAGUACGAAGAGCUUGCCGCUGCUUUUCGUAAUAUCGAGAAAAAUAAUUUGGCUGAAGACGUUCUUCAUAAAGGUGCAAAUAUUGCUAAAUAUUGUUAAACUGAAAUUCAAAGGUCAUUUGUCCAUUUUUUACAAUCGCCAUUUUCAUGUAAAACUCAGAAGCCAACAUUGGAUUGGUUAUAUUGUUUUACACUGUAAUAAUAUACAUGAAAAAAUUCUCAGUUCUUAUUGGUUGAUUAAAAGCAGUGCAAUUUAUUGUAAAUACUAGUGGAAAAAAAUAAGAAACACAGUGCAGAAAAAAGGAAAUACAGUGCAAUUUUUUUAAAAAAAAUUUGCUCCUGAUUGGUUAAUCAAAGAAAGAAGUGAUCUAAGAGCCAAUCAAAUAAAACAUUUCAAAGGCGUAAAAGUUGAAUUAAAGUAAGCAAAGCAAAUGCAAUGGCUGGCACAAGCUUAAGUAAAUUUUUUUUGGUGAACGAGCUUACAAUUCACCGUUUGCAUGGCGUGUUUGGAAAAAAUAUGAAUACUGGCAAUAUUAGUUACCUUGUUCUAGCUGCGUGUGUGAAAGCUAUGGUGUUACGAAAAGUAAUAUCCAAUGAAAUUGUAAUAUACGAGCCAACAAGAAUUGAGAAAUUUUUUCAUGUAUAUUAAGCCUUAAUAACUGAGCUCGUGGUCUUUAUGGACGGACCGAGGUCCUUUUGCACUAACCAAGCCCGUAGUAAAGUAAAGAUCGUGAAAGUGAGGUUAUUAAAAUGUUUAUUAUAUACGGCAUUAUUUGACCUGAAACAAAGCUGGAUUUCUUUCUCGUCCUGGCUGUUUUGUAAGGGUUGGCUUUCAUCUUUCUAUUUUUUGUCAGUAAAAAUGAAUCAUUUUUAGUUUUGUAUCGUCAGCAUAAUCAAAUUCUUUUCUGAGAGUUUUUCCUUUUACUCACAUUCGUAAAUAGUUUUUGUUUCGUUUUUUUCGUUUUGCUUUUUUUCAAGGACAUUUUACAUUUUACUAUAAAAUUACGCAUUUUGGACUGUGCAAUAUUCUUUAUUUUUCUUGAUACGUCUCUGACUCUUUCAGUCAGACUACUACUUAUGUACACGAGUACGGGUUUCUUAUGUUGAUAAGAAUUGGCAUAAAUGUAUAUUAAUUAUGUUUUAUAUCAAUAUAUUACAACCCUCUUUUUUAAAACUGCUAUCCUUGUAUUUUUCAGUCUGAUUUUUCUAUUAAUUUCUUUCUAGUUUAAAUGAACGAUUAACUAACUAUUCCCUAUGUAAUGUAACUAAUGUUCUGAUUUUAUAAAUGUUUAUAUUAAAGGUUAAACAUAGUC